AUGCCUGCUCCGCCGACGUCUCUGCCGGGCCGCUCGCUUCUGUUGUCGUCCGUUAAGAGCCCGAAAUCACAGCUAUUACUGCUGCUCUCUCUAUUGCUCGAUGCGCUCACGGCAUCAUCGGGCUCGGGCGUCGGCGCAGACCUGGCGUCAGCUCCGACGCAGAACAGCGCUGCCAGCAACAGCGGCAGGACCGUUCACACAACUUCGGGCGUCGUCAGAGGACGAACAAUCAAACUCAGCUCUCCGCAUCGUCUACAGGAUGUCGAAGUCUUCUUGGGAAUCCCCUACGCAGCGCCACCUGUGGGCAAGCUGAGGUUCCAACCUCCUCAGCCCGUUGCGAAAUGGGACGGAAUUCGCGAUCUAGAAUCCAUGCCUCCAGUUUGCGUCCAGGCAUUUCCGGAAAUUCCGACAACUCCGACAGGGAGCUGGGAAGAAGCAUUUCAGCUGAAGAUCUCGACCUCGAGAUUGAAGCUCUUGCAACGGAUAAAGCCCUUCAUCGAGGGAAACCAGUCCGAAGACUGUCUCUACCUAAACAUCUACGCUCCUUCGUCACAUCGAUCGGCGGAGAGUCGAAUCCCCGUUUUGGUAAUCGUAUCGACAGGAGACUCCUACUCAUGGGGUGCGGGGAAUUACGUAGACGGUUCGGUGAUGGCUGCGUACACGAAUUCGAUUGUCGUCACCCUCAACUACAGGGUGGGAGUACUCGGAUUUCUCCCGAAUAGUCUCUCCGGUACAGUCUCCGCGAACGUAGGUCUCAGAGAUCAGAUCGAAGCUCUGCGGUGGCUCCGACUCAACGCGGCCUCGUUUGGGGGUGAUCGAGAUAGAGUGACGCUGCUGGGCGCCGGGAAGGCCGCCGUCCUUGUUCAUCUGCAUAUGCUCAACCCCGUAGCAACCGGUUUAUUCAGAAGAGCCGCUCUGAUCGGAGGCAGCGCGCUAUCCUCGUGGGCCCUGUGCCACGACGCCGACGAGCAGGCUUUACUGCUCGCCAAAAGUCUACGCUGCGAGGCCGGCGAAGAUCCGGUGGAAUGCUUCCGAGAAAGAUCGGCGGACGAACUCGUUCAAGCAAGCUCGAAGUUAUUGGUUCCCGAACAUCUUUGUGGUCCUUUUGGGCCAACGCCCGACGGCGACCUUGUCCCCCAUGACAUUUACGCCGCCACGUCUGCCUACACAUCAAGGUCAAGCUCGUUCGGCCAGCACGAUCUAUUGACGGGAGUGACCAAGUGGGAAAGCUACCAACUAUUCAAUGAUUAUCAGCGAAUACACGGCAUCGAUGCUGAAUACAAAGAACGUGCUCUACGAACACUCGUUCGCAAUUCGUAUUUUUUCCACCAGAACGAGAUACUCUUCUCAAUCUCGAAUGAAUACACCGACUGGACGAAAAGCGAGCCUUCUACGACCGACAUCCUGCGGGAAACGGCAGAGGCUUUAUCCGACGCAACUGUAGUGGCGCCCUUAAUGGAAGUGACAACACUCCACUCACAUGUGAUAACUCUGAGCAAAAGUCAACGUUCGACGUUCUUCUACGUGUUCGCUUAUCAAAGCACCAGCUGCGACUACAGCCAUUUAUACAGUUGCACACCUGAUUCUGAAGAGGCUCUGACCUUCCUGCUUGGUAUGCCGCUCCUCGAUCAUCAACAGAGCCGCCGUCUCAAUUACAGCCGACAAGAUGCUCAAAUUUCCGAAUUCAUGCUGAUCUACUGGAAUAAUUUUCUCCGGACAGGGCGACCAAACUCGAGCACGAUCGAGACUGUCAAUUCCGAGCGUCCGUCACGGCCAGUUACCGAAGAAAUCUCCUGGCAGCGAUUCGAACCCACUCGUGGAGAAUACCUCACAAUUGAAGCGAGACCACGACCGCUGCAGCACUUCGAUUCGCAUCGGAUGUCGUUGUGGAAUCGUCUUAUACCCGCGCUCCACCGGUCGGACGAGGACUCCAGCGGGACCAGCUCGGUCGAGGAUUUCAUUUCGAGCAACGUGACGUUACCCCUGCACAGAUCGCUAGUUUACCGACUACCUCUGCUCGUGUCGUCACUGCAAGCGACAUCGGCUCCAAUGCCUCGGAGCUUCGCGUUAGAUCCUUUGUUGUCUUCGGUGGUGAUCUCUUCGCCCGCGACAGUGACUCUCGGGCAUGUCUCUCAUGGAGCCGUCGAUGUCGACCACUUGCCUUUGUCGUUGGAAAGCCUGGCAUCGGGCCCGUACUCAAAAGCUCUUUUCAUCACAAUAGCUGUUGGCUGUUCGCUGCUCGUCGUGAACCUUCUUGUAUUUGUUGGGACGUACUAUCAACAUCGAACCGACUCAGAGUAUAAAACGUCGAUGUCGUCCUCGUCAUCGACUCGGGCAGCAAAACGUGUUUGUCAGGAUGUGAUUCAGCUGAAUCCGGGAAACAUCGUGUCGCCAUUGAUCAAUAAUUUCUGUACAGAAUCGGUCGAUCUCGACCUUAACGCAGAAGACCCGGGCUCUCUGCUCGGCGGUGACAUCGAGGCGCGAUAUCAAAACGUCACAAAUACCGGCAGCGAGCGUCAGAACCCUUUGUACGAGAGCCCCGCAGGAAACCUCGAAAUGUCGAUGACGCCGAUGUUACCUCCGCCACGGAGCUCGUGCUUCUGUUGUGGGAAUAAUCUGAGCACCGAGCGAUAUCUCGAGCUUGUUCUUCAGUUCGCUGAGAACCCGAACAAACUCUUCAUCGGGGGCCUCUCUUGGAGAACAACGUCGCAAACCCUACGAAACUACUUCAUGCCCUUUGGCGAAAUAGUUGAAUGCAGUGUCCUGUACGACGACCAGCAACGGAGUCGCGGCUUUGGCUUUGUCACCUUCGCUCACGUGGGCUCCGUAGUGAAAGUUUUAAAGUCAGCUCCUCAUACGAUAGACAAUCGCGUGGUGGAUGCGAAACCCUCGAAAGGAGGAACAGAAUCUCGGAUCACUCCAAAGCCAAAGCUGCCCAACCAAUACCUCAAGGUUUUCGUGGGAGGCUUGCCCUACUACGUGAAUAACUACGACAUCAAAUGCUUCUUCGACCGACACUACGGUGGCGUGCUCGAUGCUGCCGUGAUGUACUGCCAGGCCACACAAACUUCGCGAGGAUUCGCUUUUGUCCAGUUCGAGAACCAAAGUUCGAUGGAGCGGGUCUUAGAAGAUCGAUGGGUCAUCAUACGAGGAGCUAAGUGCGAAUGCAAACCAGCGCUGCCCCGGAUCCACAAACCUCUUUCGUCAAGUCCAGACAGCUCGCUGGUGGAGCACGCCGUCAAUCAAAGCAGAAAGGGACCUAAGUCGAUGGUGAAGCUGCCGCUCUCUCUUGAGGAUAUUGUGUCCCUCUUAACCUACCUGCGAUGA